CGUCGAAGCUUCUGGAACUUUCUGCUUCCGAGUCUGCUUCGGUCAAGCUUUUCUCUUGUGCGAGACUUGGCGAUUUGGAAGUUUUCCACUGCUGCCUGCUGCGAUUCUCACCUCUGCAUCACCACAUCAUCUCAGACCUCUUUAUCCUACAGACACAUAUUUUAUCUACAUAUUCAGACAAGUUCUUUUGCACAUAGUAACAUUCAGUUACACACACGCACACACACACACACACACACAUUUAAAUAACCGCCUUUCCCCCCCCAGGUGUCUUCUUUUUUUCUACUGUGGUCUUACAGGAUGCCCCGUAGGGGACGGCGCUCCGAGGCGGCCAAGGUGAGAUGGAGGAAGCUGGAGAGUGUGCCGGUCGUCGCCAAGCCUGGGACACCAACGCUCGCACCCAGCGCUUGGAACCCGACUCGGUCUCCGCCGACGAAGACGUCCCGACUGCUGGAGGGUGGCCUGCCCUACCAGAUGUCGCCCGUGGUUCGUCAGGACGAGGAGCCCCGUGGGCAGUCGACUUCUCCGGAGUCGCGUCGUGGGACGGGGCGUCGCCAUCGCGUGGAGACGUGGCCAGCUUCCCGGGUGACCAGACGGAGCUGCAAGUUGGUUCUGCCUACUGCCGAGGCUCUGGAGAAGAAGUUUGCUCUUUUGGUUGGUGAUUCCCAUCUGCGUGCUAUUGUGGAUGGGUAUUCUACCAUGCCAAAGGGCGACUUCUCCUUAGGGAUGCUUGCAUCUCCCGGAGCUUCUGCGGAAGAGUUGCGGCUUGAGGUGCUGGAUGCAGUUCUGCCUCGGCCCCCCGAGGUGAUCUGUCUUCUGGCCCCAAGUAACAACUUGACCGCCAGCAGGACCUUCGUGGAGGCCGGAGCGGCGUUUGACGCUUUGUUGCGUACCGUCUGCAACCUCUCUGCUAAUGUAAGUAUAAUAUCCACUGCAUUUAUCCAUAAUCAAAUAUAUCAGAAAACCUGGUGGUGUGGACUUUCCCCACGCCUUGGCGUGAAGGAAAGUGUGCAACAGCUGCUGCGCAGGAGUUUCAACGUGUGGCUGCUAGAGGUUCAUUUGAGCGAUCGUCCUGGGAUGGAGGUCCUUUCUCAGUUGCUUGAGGCGGCGGUCUCUUCGCAACUUGAGUUAAGUGCACCGAAAUCUCCAGCUCCUGUGAUGUUGGCUCCUCCCCCUCCUGGGACGGCAUCCCCCCCCGCGGUGAGACGUCCCCUGCCCCGGCUGGUUGUGGUUGGUGAGGUGGCUGCUCCGCGUCGUUCGGACCCCUUCGCCUGGACUGUGGUUGGUGGUCGUAAGUACAGAUCAUAA